AUGGACCGUCUGCCUGUGGGACCCCCGUGUUCCGGUCAUGGGAUCCUUCACCUUUACCUUCACUGUUCUUUCUCCCCAACUUCUCAUAGAUUUCCCAGCAAAUUCCGCCGCAAAGGGGCUGAGAUCCCUUCCGCGUUUUGCCUCGACUCGAUCCUGCUCGCAUCGGCCCUCAUCCUCGCCAUCCAGGCCAUCAUCGGAGUACUUCCAUCAACCGACAUUCUUCACAUCUGCUCAGGGUUGGGCUUCCUUCAAAUAGUUCGGACGCUGCUAGAAAAGUAUCCAGACGCCGCAUCUUACGCCAACGGAGAGGAGGAGGACGGCGAUACACCUCUCUCAUAUCCUACACGAUAUAACCAUGGCGAUGUUGCCGAGCUGCUCGUUUGCUAUGAUGCUCACGUCAUAAGGCAAAUACGCGAGACAUGUUGGGACGAGUUUAUGUAUACAUUUGACAUUCCAGUUAUCAAUGCUUUCGCCAACGCCAAUGUACGGCUGGCUAGAUUCCUGAUCAAGCCUACCUGCGCUCAGAUAGAUGAUCCAUAUCGAAAAGUUAUGCUGGGCAUCUACCUGAUUUGCAUGGAAGCCUGCGUGUCCAAAGGCACCAAGAGCAGACAGCUCGCUGAGAUAGUAUUGGAUAACAUCAAGAUCAACGUCACCGAAAUGGAGAAAAUGUUCAGGCGGGCACCGUGGAGAAGAUCGAAACAUGACAAUCCGCCGAAACCAGACAACUUGGACGUUCCGGGCUUGGUCAUCUAUCGACUUCUGCGUUCUGAUAGCAAAGUUCUCUACGAUGUUGACAUCUUUCCCAGUGCUGUUGGAUAUGCUGCUCGACAUCCCAGCAUUAGCGCUGAGCUGUUUGAUGCCUGUUUCCUUCCCGACGUCAAUAAAGUGUCUUCAUAUGAGUCUAAGGCUAAGACGACACUACAUCCCAUUGUGGUAGACAUUUUGGAAAGACCCUACGAUUUCUCCUACGAAUUUAACUACGAGAAUGAGGUCAUUGACACUGCCUUGUGCAGGGGCAGCUUCGAAGUGCUGUCUAUGCUUAUCGAAGCUGGCAGUAAGGUGGCAGACCCCAAAAAGAGUUCGCUGGUCUUGAGGAUCUCAGAGAAGGUUCUCAGACUUUCAGACCCAAACUCCAACCUUGCUGUGGCACAAGACAUUUGCAAGCGUCUGCUAUUGACGGACGAGGACAUCAAUGCUAGGGUCACGUUUCGGCGGCACGAAGAGUCUGACAAUUUCACGUUGUUGGACCUUUACCUCAGAGGCUUGCUUUUUGCAAAGACAGCCAGAUUUGCUCUAUUCCUCAUGCAACAUGGAGCACGUUGCAGCGACGAGGAGGACUCGCAACGCUUACUGCUGUACCUAGCUCCGUUGGCUCGAGGCGUGGUGACUGACGACGAUUGGGAAUGGUGCAAGCGGAGAGCCGAGUUCGGCGAUCCAGUGUUGACAAGUAGUAGUCUAGAGACUGGGGUUAGGAGCCGGUGGCCCGACGGGGGUAGCAUGGCGAGCAGUGAUGUCCGGACUAUCGGUCAGUCAGUCAGCCUCGAUGCAGAGGACCUCGUGUUCAGCAGAGAAUUAAAAGAAACAAAGUGGGUAAACAAGAUGACGGGCCAAGCCAGCAGCAUGGCCAUCCCAAUCAACGUGAUAAUGUGA